AUGGAGAAGUUCAAAGCCGUAGUCUCGAGGAUUGAAAUCCCAGACGGUAUCGCCAUCGACGCCCUGCGGAACACAUUGUGGGUUCGUUCUAAGUUCCGAGAGGACUUAUACGAAAAUCCUACUACGUCACUCCAAGAUGCUAUCGCGCGCUCUGAUAACUUCAUCCGAAUGGAAGAAGAUACUAAUGCCAUUCUCAGCAAGAUGAACACACCCAAAGCUCCAGCGCCGAAGAACGGCAAGAGCUGGAGCAAGAAUAAAGAAAGGAGAGCCCAACGCAAAGCUACAGGCAAAGGUCGACAUAGCGAAACUCAACAACGAGACGACGAGGAGGAUGAUCCGAAGGGUAACGGCGAGGGAGACUCCUCAGCCGACGAAGAGAAACCAGCUAACCGCAGGCGCAUUGAGGUUAUACUCUCUCAGCAAACCUUGUCGUCGAACGACGAGAACGACGACACACCUGUACUCGAAGAUUUGAGAGAUGUUCUGAAACGAAAGUUCGAGUCCGAAGAUAGCAACAGCUCCACGCACAAUGAUCUCCGAACAACGUUGGAUGCACGGAAGUUCCGGCGUAUCUCAACAGGUGACCCCGAUCCCAAAGAGCGCCCAAACGGUGACCUUCGAGAUAAACUCAACGCAGGAGCAUGCGAUCUUUGCAUCCGUCUCAAUCGUUCAAAAUCCACUGACCUCCAAAGGCGUUUGGAGCAAACUAAGACGUCAAGCAACGACACUCCGUCGUCAAAAAAGGACAGCAGCGUAUCAACCGAUUUACGCGCCUUCUUAGACUCUAAGCAAGUAAAAACGCGACAGCAGCUAAAUGUCAUCAUGGGCGCUUCUCCUCCUUGCGGCAACUCUGUUCGCUCUGUCAAGGAUUACCGUCGACAGGUCGCGACUUCGCAGAGGUGGCCGACUAGGCCGCCAAGUCACCCUCUGAUAACUUUUUCGCCGGAUGACGCUGAGGGGAUUUACGUACCCCACAACGACCCUCUUCUUGUCGUCCUUGGAAUUGGGGAGUACGACGUCACCAAGGUCCUCGUUGAUACAGGAAGCUCCGUCGACCUCAUCUUCCGAGGAACUCUGCAGAAGAUGGGAGUCGAUCUCGACGACAUAAAACCGUCCUCCAGAACAUUAACCGGCUUCAACGGAUCCUCCGAAACAAUACUGGGAACAAUCCGCCUUCCGGUAUGCGCAUGUGGAGUCACUCGAACUGUCAAGUUUACCAUUGUAAGCACGAAUGCCCCUUACCACGCUAUACUUGGAACCCCCUUGAUACACUCAAUGCAGACUAUUCCAUCUACUUAUCACCAGUGUGUCAAGUUUCCCGGUACAAACGGAAAAAUCAAAACAUUGCGAGGGGAUCAAAAAGCCGAUAGGGAACUCCUAGUCACCACAGUCAAACUCCAACGAUCGUCUCUAUCGGUUAACUUCGUUUCUCCUCUAACCUCUAAAGUCUGCUCCCAGGAAGGCGAAGUUCUCGAGUUACCUAUUGACGAUACCGAUCCAAGCCGGACCGCAAGGAUUGGUGCGUAUCUGUCUGAAGAUAUGCAGCAGACAGUUCUCAACUUUCUCAAGACGAACGUGUCCACAUUCGCGUGGUCCAUGUCAGACAUGAAAGGAAUUGAUCCGGCUAUAACAACUCACGAACUAAACGUCGACCCGACAUUCAAGCCUAUCCGGAAGAAGCGACGCAAGCUCGGUCCCGACAGGUCAAAGGCAGAAAACGAAGAGGUCGACCGGUUACUCGGCGCUGGCUCAAUUGCUAAGGUGCGCUACCCUGAGUGGUUAGCAAAUCCAGUAGUCGUUAAGAACAAGAACGGGAAGUGGCGCAUCUGCGUCGACUUCACUGACUUAAAUAAAGCCUGCCCAAAGGACAGCUAUCCUCUUCCCAACAUCGACCGUUUAGUCGAGUCCACGGCUGGAAACGAGAUGCUCACCUUCAUGGACACUUUCUCUGGGUACAACCAAAUCAUGAUGCACCCCGACGAUCGCGAAAAGACGGCCUUUAUCACAGAUAGAGGAACCUACUGCUAUAAGGUCAUGCCAUUCGGCUUGAAGAACGCAGGAGCAACCUACCAACGGCUUGUGAACAAUAUGUUCGCAGAUAAGUUGGGCGUCACCAUGGAAGUAUACAUCGAUGACAUGCUUGUCAAGUCGCUACACGCCACUGAUCACCUUCGUCAUUUGCAAGAUUGCUUCGAAACUCUCAACAAAUACGGCAUGAAACUGAACCCAGCAAAGGGCACAUCCACCGACAAAUGCUUGCCAUUCUACGAUCUCCUGCGAGGUAACAAGAGGUUUAUCUGGGAUGAGAAAUGCGAGGAGGCAUUUACUCAACUCAAGCAUUAUUUGACAAAACCACCCGUUCACACCAAGCCAGAUUUCGGCGACGUUCUAUCUCUUUACGUCGCAGUGUCGCAAGCAGCAGUCAGAAGCGUUCUGAUAAAAGAGGACCGUGGUGAGCAAAAGCCAAUCUUCUACAUAAGCAGGCACAUGAACGGACCAGAAACGCGAUACCCAACUCUGGAGAAGAUGGUGCUGGCAGUCGUCGAAGCGGCGAGAAAGCUUCGCCCAUACUUUCAGUCACAUUCGGUGGAAGUAUUAACCGACCAGCCCCUCCAAACGAUACUCCAAAAUACAAACAGGUCCGGAAGACUAACGAAGUGGGCUAUCGAACUCGGUGAGCUUGAUAUCACUUACAAGAACAGAACCGCGGCGAAAUCUCAGGUUCUUGCAGACUUCUUAGUCGAAUUGGCCCCGGAAUUGGAGUGCCGGAGUUCAACUACCGUCCCGACCGGAGAACUGAUCAGACAGUCUUUUAGCUUCGGCUUUCCAGCUUUGAACAAUGAAGCAGAAUACGAAUCUUUGAUCGCUGGACUCCGCUUAGCAAAAGCUGUCAAGGCCAAACGCCUAAGCGCCUACUGCGACUUGCAGUUAGUCGCCAGUCAGUUUAGCGGCGACUACGACGCCCGCAAUGAUCGGAUGGACGCCUACCUCAAGAUAGUACAAGGCUUAGCCGCAGAGUUCGAAUUCUUCGAACUCGUCAAAGUUCCCAGAGGAGAAAAUGUCUGUGCCGACGCCCUCGCAGCCCUUGGAAGCAAGCUUCGGGACCAAGUUAAAUGA